AUGAUCUUUGCUGCCCACCAACUUCAGGAGAAAUGUCAAGGGAUGCAAACCCACGUGUAUUCUUCCUUCGUAGAUCUGACGACAGCCUUCGACAUGGGGAAUCGUGACGUACCGCGGAGAAUCAUGCAGAACUUCCGCUGUCGCAAACGAUUCACUCAGAUGGCGCGUCAGCUUCAUGAUGGCACGAUGGCACGCGUCACGGACAAUGGAACUGUCUCUCAGACAUUCGAAAUGACCCACGGAGUGACGCAGGGCUGCGUCCUCGCACCUACCCUCUUAAGUCUUAUGUUCUCUGGCAUGCUGAUGGACGCCUACCGUGACGAAAGCCCCAGGAUCCGCAUCACCUAUAGGAUGGACGGCCGCCUCCUCAACCACAGGCGGAUGCACUUCUGGUCGCGUACAUCCACAACCACCGUCCACGAACUUCGCUUCGCUGACGACUGCGUUCCCAACGCAACUACUGAAGAGGACAUGCAUAGGAGCACGAACGGCUUGGUCGCAGUCUACAGCAACUUCGGCCUAUUCAUCAAUAUGGAAAAGACGGUGGUUAUGCAUCAACCGGCAGCCAACGGAUCAGCCUGGCCAACUGAGGAGAUCUCGCUCGAGACCGACCGACCUGGGGGGGGGCUGUGA